CCGGAAUCUCCAAAGAAAACCAGAGAGAGAUUCAGAGAGAUAGUGUGUUACAGAUUAAAGUUUCCUUCUGGGUUUGUUGGUGAUGAAUUUAUUCAAGAAAAGAACAGGAAUUUUGAUGAAUUUGGAGAUUACAGAGAUGAUAGGAGGAUAAUUGAGGAUGAUAGGAGGAAGUUUUUGAAAUCCACGGUACCAAUUCCAGUGCAAAACUUGAUGGGUUCAGUUCCUCCUGGUGGUGAUGCUGCUACUGAUUCAUUUUCGAGGAACUUCAUGCAGAAUAAUGGCGUGUUACAAUCACAACUAGGUACCAUUGGAGGUAGGGCCGAGCUUGCACCCAUCCCUCCCAAGGUGGAAAUUUCCUGGGGUCAACGAACUGUAGAAAAUCCCUGUGCAUAUCAGUACAUCCCAUACAAUGACAUUUCUGUUUCAGGAAAUGCAACACCAAAUUUGAAGCGGAAGGCCGAGGUUUCCACAAAUUCAUGCGAUCCUGCACAAAUGGAAAGCUUAUUUGGCCAAUUUCCAAGUGGUCCAUCUAAAGAUUCAGGUAGCAACUAUCAAGUCCUUCAAAGUGGGUUUGAUCCUGUUCAAGCACUUCCCCAGAAUCCCUAUUUUCCAAUAACAGCAAGGAGUCAGCCUGUGAAUUACUCCCCAAUCCCACCUGUCAAUCUUGAACCAACUGAAAAACAAGAAAUGGAUUUCUUCGCAAAAUCUUGGAGUCAGUGGAGCGAAAAUUCUGUAGGUGGUAGUGAUGCUUCCUUGCCAGUGAAUAACAGGAAGGUGGUUCGCCCAAGAUUCUCAAGCAGCAUGAGUAUGGCUGUAAUUUCAGAUGAGAACAGAAAUGCCAACUCAAAACCUUCUGCCAAGAAUGGAUACCCACUCUUUCCAGAACACAAUGCAUUAGAAGCCUUUCCUGUGUUUGAUCAUCCUUCAUCAAGUUCACAUAGACCUGAAGCUGAAGAGGAGACAGCACGCAAGGGUUUUGUGUUGCUUGUGCAGAAGGAGUUGCGGAAUACUGAUGUUGGCAACCUGGGUAGAAUUGUCAUUCCAAAAAAAGAUGCAGAGGCGAACCUACCUCCAUUAGAGGCAAAAGAUGGAAUUAUCCUACAAAUGGAAGACAUGAACUACUCAGUUGAGUGGAAAUUUAAGUAUAGGUACUGGCCAAACAACAAAAGUAGGAUGUAUGUUAUGGAAAACACAGGGGAUUUUGUGAAGAUGCAUAACCUCCAAGCAGGGGAUCUUUUGAUUGUUUAUAGAGAAGAGAAUUCUGGAAAAUUUAUUGUUCGUGGGAAAAAAGGAACUAGACCAGUUUAUGCAGGGGAUACAGUGGAGUUGAGGAGUACAGCGGAGAUGAGGAACCAUGGAAGGGUGGUGGAAGAAAGAGAAUUAGCAACUGCACAUGGACAGCUAAACGCUGAACAAAGAUAUGCCCCAGCAGGUGACUUCUUUUUUGAUUUAAAUGCUGGACAAGACAUGAUUGCACCGGCAAUACCAUUCGAGUUUCAUGCAAACACUGGUGGACUUCCUAAAUCUCACUUCCUUCCAGGGCCUUUGCUGAAUUUACAUCAAGAUGAUGUUUCUUGAAUCUACCACCUUAAUGAUAGGACGAGGCAUUAUCAACCCUCAGGAGAAUCACAGCACUGCUCUUGACUGUAUUAACCACCCCUGUGGUUAUCUUACAUAUACCUGAACAAAUCACACCUGCUGCUGCAUGCAUAUAUCUUUUUUUGACAUCCAUCAGUUUUUCUUUGUAGUUUUUUUUUUCUUUUUUUUUUUUUGUCUAUAGACAAUACAGAGCAUUUUUGUUUCCCAA